CCGAAAUGCAUUUGCCUCACGGUAUUCCAAAUGGCCGACCAAAAUGUGUGAAUUUUGCCACAACAAAUAUGUCUCCCCUUUGGGCUCUGCAUUCACGCCUAUGUCUGAACUAAAUGUGAUGACGCAAAGAACCCGCGACUCCUGUAAACUCAUCAGAAGUAGCUGAAGUGAAGUACGGCGUGGUUGUAUAAACGUGUUUUGUUGAUAAGUUAUCUGGAAUAUGGCAUCAGCAGCCAAAUUAGAAAACACGAAAAAGGCAGCAUUUUCUGCCCACCAUGCUUAUAAAAACAAAGGACAGCUUCCUUCCUCGGCUAGUAUUAUGAAAACGAAACGCAAAUGGAUACCACCAGAUAAAGCGUUUGCUGGUAGCGUGAAAGAAGGACAGGGCUUUGCGUUCCAUAGAAAACAGAAGGUUCAGUAUGAAUACAAGAAACUGCUGCGCAAGGAAAGGAGAGCAAAAUCCCAACCAGUGGUGCAGUACACGGACAGUUACCCGGAGCAUCUGAAGCACUUGUAUCUGGCAGAGGAAGAAAUGAUAAAGAAUGAGGAACAGCAGAAGAAGAAAGAAAGGAGAGCGAGAGAUGUGAACCCCUUGCCAGAAGAGGCAGCUACUCCUGCAAGUACAACUACUGUGGCUACUUCGACUACUUCUGAUACUGAGCCCAAGAGACCUGAUAAAAAAGAACAGAAAUUCAAGAAGACAUCAUACCAAAAGACGAAAGAGGAGUAUGAAUGGAUCCAGACCAAGCGUGCUCAAAAGAGACGGGAGGCAGAGAAGAACAAACAACAAAGACAGGAGGCUCUGAGGAUAUACAAGCAAAAGAAAAUGGAAACGUAUCAAAUAUUGAGCAGGAAGACUAAAAAGGGACAGCCUAACCUGAAUGUACAGAUGGAAUAUCUGCUUCAGAAAAUUCAAGACAAUCAGUCCAAGGGAAGCAAGUAACUUGACAAAUGGCUUCCAGUAUAAGAAGGCGCAGUGUUCACUGUAUUGUAGUAGUCGUACAUCACAAGGAUUUUCAAAUGUACCUACUUACCUUCUGGUUCCAAAUAAACAUGGUUGUGAAUAUAUACACUCACUGUUUUGUAAGAUGACAUGUAUUUUACUCUUCCUCAUGUAUUUUGUUGAUUGCAUAGUAUUGGUGAAUAUGGCUGGAAAUGGAAUACUGCGGAAAUGCUUUAUUGCUGUGCACUUCCUCAAUGCAGUCAUUUCAUUCAUUGUUCAUGUCAUCAUCACGCAAAUCAGAUGUUUAUUUUAGAUUUAUUUUUAAUUUUUGUUCUAUUAACAGUAAGUAAAGAUAUGUAACAGUAAGAGGCUGUGUGGUCCAGUGGUUAAAGAAAAGGGCUUGCAACCAGGAGGUCCCUGGUUCAAAUCCCACCUCAGCCACUGACUCAUUGUGUGACCCUGAGCAAGUCACUUAACCUCCUUGUGCUCCGUCUUUCGGGUGAGACGUAAUUGUAAGUGACUCAGCAGCUGAUGCAUAGUUCACACACCUGAGUCUGUAAGUCGCCUUGGAUAAAGGCACCUGCUAAAUAAACAAAUAAUAAUAAUGUUUGUUUUAUUCAGGGGUGAAAUUCUGCCGGUACUCCACAUCAGAUCUUAUUUUAAUGCCUGUACUGGGUAGCGGGACUUAUUUCAUCUGCUUUUCCUCCAAUGCGGGUGCAUUCUGUUCAUUCACACUAGUGCAUUGUUUCUCAAAUGUGCUUUCAUUCAGCAUAGUUCAUGCUGCUCGCAUUCUGUUUUCUAAUACUUCUCUCUCCUAGCUACUGGCCACCAUUAAAGUCAGUAUAAACACUGCAUGUUGAUUGGCUGAGCUUGCAUUCUGAUUAGAUUUCAUUUUGGCAUGUGUCACAAAAUUCAUUGGUUGAUCAACAAGAGAAGAUUAGCAGUGAGAUGUGAAAACAGUGGCAUGGAGUAAUUAUGAUUUUCUUAAAUUCUGAGAAACUAUCACAAUAUUCGAACAACGUUAGUGUCUGUCAUAAAUUACACAGUUGGUACAUACUCAAAAUAAUUAUCACAACGUGCUUUGUCUUGCACCGAUUUCUAAAAUGGUAAAUGAUAUGUGGGACAGUAGGGAUUAACAUGAAGUGAUGCUUCAGAUUUGGCAUACGAGUCAGAGUAUGGAUGCAGGUGUGCUUUUACGCUUUCCAAACACUGGCACAACUUGCAAGGUAAAUGUCAAGUACAGUGAUCAAAGGUUUGUUUUGUUGUGAUCCAAGUAUCUUCUGACACGAGGACUGUAAAUGUACAGUGCCCUACAGUUUAUUUAAUUUAAAAUGUGUAGUUUGUCACUUUGUUAUUGUGUAUGAGCCACAAUGUCAGGGAUUUAAAAAAAUAAAUAAAAGCAAAAAGCUGAUCUCUACUUUUA